CACGUGCUUUCUUAGAGGUGGGAGGAGCCAAUCCAGGCCGGGCCAUGUGUGUAUAUAUAUGGAAGAUUGCAGCUCUGGAAACCAAGCAAACAUUCCUCGCUUACAGCAUGAAGGGUCUCGGAGUCAUUCUGUUCUGCGUCCUGGCGGUGGCAUCCGGCCAAAGCAGGCACGGAAGUCGACCUGGAGGCUUCCCUGGUGGAUUUCCCGGAGGCUUCCCUGGUGGAUUUCCCGGAGGCUUUCCUGGUGGAUUUCCCGGAGGCUUCCCUAGCGCCACAGCCCCACCUGCCACCUGUAGGCGCUGGUGCGAAACUCCAGAGAAUAGUUUUUACUGCUGUGAGCAUGCGCGUGAACCCGAGAGGCCCGUGGGCACCAAGCCACUUAACUGCCCACGAGUCCGUGACAUCUGCCCACCAGUACGUUUUCUUCAAGAACAGGGACCAGUACCUUGCUCCAGUGACUUCAGGUGCGGCGGCCUUGACAAGUGCUGCUUCGACAGGUGUCUGGAACAACAUGUGUGCAAGCCACCUUCCUUCUAUAACCAAUUCGGCUGAAAAGAAAAGCUAGAAUUGUUGAUUCCUGUAGAAUCCGUGACUAAUAAAGUGCACACACUCA